CCCUUCAUUCAGGCUAAACUAUGGUUUUGGUUUUAAAUGCCCUGCACACCAACACAGCUGUCCUUAGUUGGUCAGGUUGAUCAGACCUCAGUUGGCUCAGUUUAAAGAUUGGCAGAGUUAUGCUGAUUAUAGUAUAUGGAUCCUAGAAACAAUCAUUUAUAAUUGUGAUGUACGUUACCUUACAACCUUACAAGGUUCAACAACACUAACAAAAGAGUGAAGUAUAUCCACAGACAGUCUUGAGAGAGUGCUAAUCAAGCAACACAUUGAGAACACCUGUGUGGGAGGACAACAGGUGUGCAGUAUUUGGUUUAACUUAAAAUGUAACUUAUGUACUGUUGUUGAUGUCUGCUCUACAGCUUCACUCUGGCAGCUCUGUACUUGCCUGUGCCCCUGUCCUGAAGGGAUCCAUCUUGCACUGAGCCAGUGUGGUGGCGAGGAAAGCCGGUUUCACGCCAACCCACCACUUCCCCAUUGACCCUCCAGGCAACCAGGCACAAAAUGUCUGCCAGGGGACACACUUUGGACUGGACCGAACUUCUCAGAGUAUAACCACUACAACCACUGCUCCACUACUGCUUCCGCCUCUAUACAUGGUCUGCUUAUCCAAACCCCAAAAUGAUGGAAACCCGUAUCAUUGACUGGCUUGUCUACCUGCCGAGCAGUGGCGCUUAAACAUGAUGUCAUCACUGUUGUCUACUUCAUUGCUGUGGUUGUUGGCAGCACCUUUGUGAGGAAUAUUUUCCAUAUUCAGAGGAAUAAUUCUCAGAUCUCCCUUCACCAAGCUGCAGGAAACUGAUGGCUGCUACAUUUACACUGGAUUGUUUCCACUGCCUGGAUUUUAAAAAGGAUCAUUAGCAACCUCUACCCUCGUCCGCCCCGGAGUUACCUGCUUCCAUAUACCUGUGUGUGAGUGUGACUUUAGUGUGAAUGUGUGUUUGUGUUUGCAUCUGCAUGGCGUAAGUGAGAGAACAUAAGGAAUUUUAACUUGUUAAAGAAAAAAACCCAGAAAGGACGCAGCGAACAAGUUGAAACAAGGAGUUGCAGUUAUGGCCCAGUGGAGGCACCAUCCAAGGACUGGGUGUCGGCUACUUCAGACUGUCAAAAGUGGCAGCAGAAUGAUGGGAUACGUAGGGCUUGAAGGUUCCUUGCGCACGGGCCGGUGGGUGUCCUCUCUAAUAUGGCUGGGUAUCCUGCUGCUGCAAGCAUCUCCGGCUGCCGUCUCGGCUCAGAAACUUGAUGAGAAUGACCCGGUGGUCACUACCACCAAUGGCAAGUUGCGUGGCAUCAAGAAGGAGCUCAACAAUGAGAUCCUGGGUCCUGUUGUGCAGUUUCUGGGUGUCCCGUACGCUACUCCACCCACUGGCGAACGCCGCUUCCAGCCACCCGAGCCACCGUUGUCAUGGCCGGAGAUCCGCAAUGCCACACACUUUGCCCCAGUCUGCCCUCAGAGCAUCGUGGAGGGCCGCCUUCCGGACGUGAUGCUGCCGGUGUGGUUCACCAACAGCAUUGAUGUGGUGUCCACAUACGUCCAGGACCAGAGCGAGGACUGCCUCUAUCUUAACAUCUACGUCCCCACUGAGGAUGGUCCCCUUACAAAGAAACACACUGAUGAUUUAGGUGAUAGUGACCGCACGGACGACGAAGACAUCAGGGAGAGUGGAAGCCCCAAGCCAGUGAUGGUUUUCAUCCACGGGGGCUCCUACAUGGAAGGAACUGGGAAUAUGUUUGAUGGCAGCAUCCUGGCCAGCUAUGGGAAUGUGAUUGUCAUAACUGUCAACUACCGGCUGGGCGUCCUAGGUUUCCUGAGUACAGGUGACCAGGCAGCCAAAGGGAAUUACGGUUUGCUGGACCAGAUCCAGGCUCUGCGUUGGACCAGUGAGAACAUUGCAGCCUUCGGCGGCGACCCGUUACGUAUCACUGUUUUUGGCUCAGGCGCCGGAGCAUCCUGUGUCAACCUGCUCACGCUGUCUCACUACUCUGAGGGAAACCGCUGGAGCAACUCCACCAAAGGCCUGUUCCAGCGGGCCAUUGCCCAGAGUGGCACAGCUCUGUCCAGCUGGGCCGUCAGUUUCCAGCCAGCUAAAUACGCUCGGAUGUUGGCCCGCAAGGUGGGCUGUAACCUUGAGGACACUGUAGAACUCGUGGUGUGUCUUCAGAAAAAACAUUACAAAGAGCUGGUGGAUCAAGACAUCCAGCCAGCCCGCUACCACAUCGCCUUUGGACCUGUUAUUGAUGGCGAUGUCAUACCUGAUGACCCUCAGAUACUCAUGGAGCAAGGUGAGUUCCUCAACUAUGACAUCAUGCUGGGAGUGAACCAGGGCGAGGGCCUAAAGUUUGUGGAGCUGAUCGUUGACAAUGAAAAUGGCGUCCAGGCUAAUGAUUUUGACUACGCCGUGUCCAGCUUUGUGGAUGAUCUCUAUGGCUACCCAGAGGGUAAAGACAUCCUCCGAGAGACUAUCAAGUUCAUGUACACUGACUGGGCUGACAGGCACAACCCAGAAACCCGCCGGAAGACACUGCUAGCCCUUUUCACCGAUCACCAGUGGGUGGCACCAGCUGUUGCCACAGCUGACCUGCACUCCAGUUUUGGGUCACCUACAUACUUCUAUGCUUUCUACCACCACUGUCAGACAGAACAGGUGCCACCGUGGGCGGACGCAGCACAUGGAGAUGAGAUCCCAUAUGUGUUUGGCCUGCCGAUGAUUGGACCAACGGAGCUGUUUCCCUGCAACUUCUCAAAGAAUGACGUGAUGCUUAGUGCCGUGGUCAUGACCUAUUGGACAAACUUCGCAAAAACAGGGGACCCAAACCAGCCAGUCCCCCAGGACACCAAGUUCAUCCACACCAAACCCAAUCGCUUUGAGGAAGUGGCAUGGACACGUUACAAUCAGAAAGACCAGCUUUACCUGCACAUUGGCCUGAAGCCCCGCAUCAAAGAACACUAUCGUGCCAACAAGGUCAACUUGUGGUUGGAGCUGGUUCCUCAUCUGCACAGCCUCAAUGAAGUCACCCAGCUCAUCCCUACUACCACCAAGAUCCCUCCACCAGAGGCUACCAACCGCACCCCAAAGCCUAAGGUUCUGGUGACCAAACGUCCCAACCCGACUCCGUUCCCCACUGAGACCCAAGACAGCCACAACCAGCCACACCUGGUGGACCAGCGUGACUACUCCACUGAGCUGUCGGUGACCAUAGCUGUGGGAGCCUCCCUGCUCUUCCUCAACAUUCUGGCCUUUGCUGCUCUUUACUACAAGAAGGACAAGCGCCGGCAUGACGUCCACAGGCGCUGCAGCCCGCAGAGGAGCGCUGCCAACGACCUGGCCCACACUCAGGAGGAAGAGAUCAUGUCCUUGCAGAUGAAGAAGCACUCGGACCUGGACCGGGACUGCAGGGGAGUGGGCGACUCCCUGCACCCACACGACGUGGUGCUGAGGACUGCCUGCCCGCCGGACUACACUCUGGCCAUGAGGCGCUCACCGGAUGACAUCCCGCUCAUGACUCCAAACACCAUAACCAUGAUCCCCAGCACCAUGGGGGGGCUCACCUCGCUUCACUCUUUCAACACCUUCCCCAGCAGCGGGCAGAAUAACACCCUGCCUCACCCGCACCCACACUCACACUCCACCACCCGGGUAUAGCCCUGUGGAUGCACCCAAGCAGACAGAACUCUGAUGGCUGAGGCAAACGCUAACGCCACUGCUGCUGCAGAGACUUAAGGCCGACAUGCUGACAUACACAGAUAUGUCAGGAGCUGAAACGCCAGCCUGGAGUUGCCAGACACCCAUGGAAUUACACUGGGAUUGUACGACACUCUGUUAAUACCUGAGGGAAUAUAGUCAAGGGAUAUAUUGGGGGCUUGGACCAGAGGGAAAAAAAAGAAUAAUUAUGUUUUUGUAGAAAAAUAAGAGACAAGAAAAAAAAGUACAAAAUAAGGAGUUGAAGAAAAACAACCUCACAAGCUAAAACAAAGAGGAGGACGUUUUUUUAAGAUUAUUUUUGUUCUGAUAUUGCAGCAAAACAAGGUACAGUAAACUACUUUUUCUUUCUAGCGACAGAUAUGGCCUUCGGGAUCUUUUGACAAAUGACUGCUUGACAGUAUUAUCUGGAAGCAGAACAGAGCAUCAGACACGCCUUGGAGGUGAGAAGAGGGGAGCACUUUGUAAAAGAAAGAAAACAUAUUGUUUUCCUGUGGCAUCGCACUACAGAUUACUCUGUUUGUGGGGCACAGAGUAGAUGCCGUGCAAACCAAUUUUGGCAUGUGUUAACUUCGUAAAUGGAGGCUAUGUAAGAUAAGGCAAAAACAAUUGUUGAAAAGAGCAGAGAAAGGACUGACAACUUGAAGGAAAAAAGAAACCCUGUAUGCACAAUGGAAACAUUUUGAGGAAAAAAAUGUCACAGAUACUUUUCAUCCAUUUAUUUUUGAGGAUCGGGAACAAUUUUAUUGUAUAGAACCUAUUUACAUAUCUAGAUCUGUACACUAAGCACCAAGGCUGUUUAAGCCUUCUUCUCUUGGGGGGGGCAUCUAUACUGCAAAUCUGCCAGCAGGACUGAACCAGUGGGAAGUGAGGAUCCACCUAUUGGCUUUCUGGCAGGUCCAACUUCAACACAGAGAGCUGGGGGACAAAGGAUAAUUGGAUAUUUUAGCACGAUGCGCAUGACAAUUUAUCUGCUUGAUGGCUGCUCUGCUGAUUAUGUCAUUAUUAAGAAUAAUUUUCACCCUCUCCCUUGCAUUGGAGCAAUUUCAGAUGGAUUUCCUGAUUGGAUUACAGGAAACACACACCCUCACAGGACCAUGGGAAAUGCAGUUCCAAGUUGUGGAUGUUGUGGGCCCGAGAUUGGGACAGAAAGGGGAGGGGCUGGGGAUAUGGUAAACUUUCUUGCAUAACAUAAUAUAGCUUGAGUGGAGCUGGGCAUAUAAGGACUAGUUUUGUACUCUGUGUGUUGGUACUACUUUUUGAUAGUGGUUAAAUCACAUUACACUGUAUCAAUCAAACUCAUUGUACCUUCAGUUGAGAUCAAUGUUCUUUGCUAUUCUACCUAUUGGACCACUUUACCGUAUAGAAGUAAUUACCUGCACUGUUUAUUCCAUUUCCCAUUUUUUCUUUUCUCUUUAACUGGGAGGUGUGUUGACUGAGUGGCGCAGUGGAUGCCCAUUUCUACGAAAAAAUGGAGGGUGAAAGUAGUGGAGGUGAAUCUUUGGGCUAUGUAGCUUUUCUUUUCCUUUUACCACCCAGGUUCUAUAGAGCUGUUCAGUGAUGAAUGCCUAUACAUGACUAACAGAUGUCAAAGGCCAAGCACAGACUGAUCACAUCAGGUGGAACUCUCUGUUUGGCCUGGAAAUGCACAGCAGGUGGAUGAGAGGAAGCGCUAGGGUCAGGGUAGGUCAAUUCCCGUGACGCACUUUUCAUCUAGUUUUCAUCAUUAGCCAAGGUUGAUCACUUUUGGAGGCACACUGCGUUAUGGGAAGGAAGGGAAAAGGCCUCCCAUAGCAGCUGAGACCCACUGUCAGCCUUCUUUACCUCACUUUAAAGAGCUACUACUUUUCCUUUUGGCCCCACUCUUUUUCUACUAGAGAUUCUCUACUGUCUCAUCUUUUAUUCUGAGUUGACAGGUUGGGGUGUUUAGCAAAACGGUUUCCCUUGCAUCCACACCGCCUUCAGUUUACCGUCUCCUGCAAGGCUGUCUGCCAUCGCUAACAUCUUUAGGUCAGUGAAGCCUCGGCAGCUAACGAUGUUAGCCACUGGAGUAGGAGUGUGUCAUACAGCAAAGCAGACUGCAGUUGGAUCCAGUCACUUAGGAGGUGGGAGUCACAGAGGGAGGAAUACCCUGGAUGGCAAGCCUAUUGUGCUCAGAUAUAGAAAUGUGUACGCUGGCACAGAGAUGCUACUUGGUAAGCUGAAACGCUUGUCUCUCUGUUUUCCCCUCACUAAAGUAUAGAUGUGUGGAGGCCUCUGUUGUGAGAAUACAUCCUGCCCCUUUUGGCUCGCUCACAGGCACUGUGCAGUCAUUCAAAAUAAUGAGUGCAGACUACUGUUACCCCAUAUAACACUGCGGCAGACAAGCUGGAUGAGGAGAUAAAAUCUAGUCUGAUAUAAAGCGUUGCUUUUUGGGAUAAGAUUUAAAUUGAAUAAACUAAUUACGUCUGUUUGCUCCAGAUUGUUUCUUUGGAUGGGCUGAACCAGCAGGGCUUGAUCUUGGAUUUAAACAAAAGAAAGAUUCCAAGGCUAUUAUCACACAUCAUCCUCAUGGGCCAGGGUCUUUUUAAUACCCUUCUCUGUAAAAACAAGCCAACAAUAACAGAAAGUGUGAAUUUCAGAAACGGGUGAAAAUCUGUCCUGUAGGUCUGUUGGCAUUGUAUUGACAGGCCACUAGCUUUCUAGUUCUAGCACUCAGCUUGCACGUUGCUGAUUGGUGGCACACACAUAUGCAAAUGCAAACAUGUGUGUGCAAACACCAUCACACACAACCAUUCGCUAAGUAAUUAGGCCUGGGCUUUCCAAGUGUUUUGGUAUCUACUCAAGAUAUUGUAUAUAGGCUACCACCCUGAUUGCUUGCACUUGGACUCAAGAUUUAUUAGUCCCAUAUAAAAAGCAACAUGACCUUGUUUUUGUAACCCAACCCAAUGGCUGACAAGUAUUUCACAAAAUAUGGAGGAGAACCUUGGAAAGAAAUGCUGAUGUUGGCUGUGUAGCCUACUGAUAGUGAGUGUUGAGAACAUUUUGACAGAAGUAAAAUUCCCUCCCAUGCAACACAAUAUAAUGACCAGGAAGAGAGUUUUCAAUACAUAGUGUAAUUUUAAAAUAUGCAGUUUUAGGGAUCAAACUGUCAGCUGUUUGGGGAUCAGACUACACAAUAUCAGCCUGAUAAUGGCCAAACCUAACAUGAGCAUCAGAUGCGACAGUUGCUCAUUUAAUUUGGGAUGCCUCUAAACAUUGCAACAAAAAGACUAGCAACUCAUUUGUUUGCAUUCUGUCACCUAGUUUGACAACUUCUGCAAUGAAUUCCAUGAUGUUAACCCGUAAGGUCACAGAACACUGUUAGUACACAACAGUAAAAAUGGCAAAGCAGAAGAAGAAUGAUGUUUAAUUUAAUUUAACCAACUGAGCAUCACCCUCGGGUCAUGACCAUUAUGUCAAAUUAAUUACACUUGUGGGUGAGAUGUCCUCCUCUGCAUUUUGCCUCCUAUGAAUUUUGCUCAUCCACACCCAACCUCUUUAUACCGAUUGAGAAGGAAAAAGUCGAUGAAUGGUUCCAGGGUCACUUUCAUACCGAUGACCAUAUUGACACAAAUAAACAUUUACUGGUGGUGCUGUCAGGUGGAACAGGCAAGUCAGUCCCUGGCACCUUCCAGAUCGCAUCUGUGGUCAUAAAAGACCGUCUGAGUAAAAAUCAUUAUUGGUUAGUACAUACCUGCAUGUUUGUCAUAUUGCAUUACAGCACACCGAUACAGCUUUGAGCUCAUGAACAGUAGCAUUAACGUAACAAAAUUGCAGUAGCUUUUUAAAAAGUAAUUAAAUACAACAUCUAAACUUUUGUCAGCCUACACAAUGUGGGUAUGCAGUAAUUAAUAAUUUCAUUGUAAUGAGGAAUACAAUUGGCUGCUGCUACACAGAAACUACCUCUAUGCAUGUAAAUAUCACACAAACUGUGAUAGUGCAUUAGUGUGCAUAGGGUCACCCAUUGAAUUAAACAUGUAAUUGCACUGAUGGGUAAAUAGUCAAGCAAUUUCAGGGCCAUGCUAAGUAGCUGACAGUCGACAGUAGAUGAAUGCUAAUUAAUAACUUGCCAUGCGUUCAAUCGUCUGAUUGAUGAUAGGUGAUAAAUGUAAACCAACUGUAACGUGAGCAGAGUGAGAGAAGUGCUGGUCAGCACCUGACAUGUUUGAAAUUAAAAAUGGAAAUUGCUAGCAGCUGUAGUGAACUUAAUAUAUGGUGGCAAAAAGCUUUAGCAUGUGUGGUGACUAGAUACAGAUAAGACAGUUCUAGUUUUCUCACACAGAACAAGCAGUUAUGCUGGAUUGCUCAAGGCUGUAAAAUUGGACAGACUGACUAAAAUGUUUAUUGGAGAGGAAGUGAUGCAAUGACUCAUGAAUCAGGGGUUACAUAAGUGAGGAAAUGCAUUAAAUAGCUUUAACAUGCCUAGCAACUGGCACAGAAGAAGCAUCGUUACCGAAGCAAAUUGAAACUGUAUCAUUAGCAAGAAAAACUGCAACUUUUGAAAGUAAAAGCACUGUAUGACCUUCUCACCCCAAAGAGAAGGGCUUGCUGUACAGACUGAGAAAGCUAAUCACAGCAUAACUUAUAUCACAGAAAACUUACGUAAGCAGGCGAGGAGGAGUGUUGAGAGAUUGAUUAAAUCUUCAGCUAGCUGCACAUAUUGAGAGACAACUACAGUGGACCUUAGCAUGACUAAUUCACUGGAAAGUUGUGGGGAGAAAAAUCUAAUACAUCAGCAGCAGGAAAAGAAAAGACUGGGAGGAAAUACACACUGACCACAGAGAAAGGACCCAACACCUUUAAUGAGAAUUUGAAGCACUCGCUAGACAGGCUGACAGCAAAAAGUUAUAGAUAGCAUGCUACUUGAUUAACUGCAUUACAGUCUACCAGAGUCAAAGCAGGAUGUCCCAUUUAACACACUGAUGAAAACAUAAAUUAAAUAAAUGAAUAAAUACAUGCAUACAUAUACUACCUGUGUUCAUUUGAACAUACUAACAGUCCCAAUAAUGAGCAUGCAACACAAGAUAUUCAACAUAUUUCCUCACAACUUCACUACCCCAUUUAGACAUUUCAAGUGACAUAAUUUAUUCUCUGGAAGCUAUAUUGGAGGACAUCUGCUUUUCAUAAAAAAGCUUAUUUCAUUUAUCUACUACAUGACGAGGAGUAAUGAUCUCACAAUUAAUGCUGACUAGUUUUGCAUUAACAUGGUAAACUGUUAGCUACAUGUUAACCUGUUAACCAUGUUAGCUUCAUGUCUGGUCACCGGCUACUGUCUUCUUGUUGUCACCUCCUUAUAUGUGGCUACCAGACUGAUAUUAAAAGUCCCCUGUAGAUUCAACAUUGAUCACAAAAAUACAUACAUACAUGUUAUUUCAUGGCCUAACAAACAUGUUGAAUGCAUUUCCUACCUCAUAAAACAUUAAGAAAGUUUUUUGUGAAUGUUUAGAAACGUGCAUUGUUUUAUUCAGCUUCUAAUCCUCUUUCUCUUUGUUAAUGGCACAUUGCAUAUUUUAUUAUGCAUUACUAUCACCAACUGUUAUUUAUUUUCCAGUAUGUGCAUUUUCAUGCCAACAGACCUGCUCAUGAAAACAUUGCUCAACAGCACCACUAGUGGUCAAAAUCAUCACAGGGUACCUUUAAUGUUGAUGUCUCCUACAAAAGCUCAGCUGACAUUUAAAUUACAACAUAUGCGUUCAAGUAAGGGCUAGGUCUAAAAAGACAAAGGCUAACAACAGUUUAUAAUGAGUAAACUGAAAUGGAAAGAAAUUUUCCUUAUCUGAGCAUUAAUUUGAACCUGUGUACAAAAUAAGUGCAACUGCAGCAGCUCAGGUAUCUCACUCUGGAGUCCAAUUAUCUCUCAAAGAAGUGUUUUUUGCAUGCAAAAGUACAAAUUUUGAAAAGUAAGAGCAGAUGGGAGGUAUUCCCAUUUACAUAAACAAAUAUGUCUUUUGAUUUCAAAUUCAGCAAUCAAACAGAAAAAAAAAUGCUCAAUUCAGGCAUAAUUGUACCAUUAAGAAUGAACGGGGCAAGUAUUCCCCUGGACCUCAUGUCAAAAUGGAAAACCUCCAUCAGCAUUUAACCAUUGCUGAACACUAAAAUCUCUCCACUGAAACCAAGACUGCUGAAAUUAUUUUUACAGCUCUCUUUGAGGCAGGGAAACUCACCCACCUAUCCCUUGAUAGAGGAAACAUUAGGCCUUUAAACUAAGAACUAAUAACAAUAAAACAUGACUGGAUAGUUAAACGAGCAAAUAAAAUAUGAAAAGAAGCUAAAAUUUAAUUGCAGGUUUUAUACUGUUUAAAUGUAGCUGUGGCCAUUUUAACAAGACACAUAAUGACUUUUUUUUGUGGAGAAGGGUAUACCUUUUGUUUAAGUUCACUGGACCAUAAAAACAUACAUAAUGCUUGAUAUUUUACACAUUCUUUUCAGUUUUUGGCUCUUGCUCAUGUUCUUAGACCAUGAAAAUUUCAAUAUUUCCUCAAGACUUUGAGGUCAUUUCGAGGAUAGAGAAUGGGUGCAACAUACAUGAGCAGGAGUGUGUUUUUUAUGUGUUUGGUGAAACAUUCAUAUAUGUCCAAAAGACACAGAAUCUGUGGCAUAGGUGUAGACUUUAAAACAUGGCCUGCAAAAUACUGUAUGUCAGCAUUACAUGAGUCUCCUUUGUUCAUCAUCCAACCAGCUCUUUACUGAGGGCAUUUACAUAUCCUGAUGUUGUUCAUUUUUCAGUUCAAAUGACACUCCAUUGCCAAUAACUAAAGCUUGUGAACAUCUCUUCCAUUAAUGUUGGUUUCUGCAAUGUGCUAAAUUUCGGUUUCUGUGUUAAUAUUUUGAAUAUUUUGCUUAUUUUAUGUCAUGACACCUGGCUUGUCCCAAAUAAUACUUUUGUUUUUAUUUAUUGGCUGGGUAAUUGUUAUUUAGAUAUAACAACAGUGUGCACAUCCAAAUGGCAGAUGUAAGAUAAUAAGUCUGAGAACGCUGCAGAGAUGAGAAUGACUCCCAUCUAGUGUCACCCUCCUUUAAAACUGUGUCUCCAUCAUGCAAAGAAGGGAACUCCAAACCAAUCCAGGUAGCAUUUCUUCAGUCAUUUCUGUUGAAUCCCAACACCAGUAUGUUUUAAGGAGCCAGUCUAGCUGGGGGAGACCGAAUCCACACAGUUCGGGACUGGAGACAUUUAAGAAACCCUGUUCUAGGGGGGAUGCUUCACUUUUGUUCCAGUGUAAAUCUGCCCUGACCGCGGUCGACAGUCAGCCUGUGCUGUAGUGUAGUGUACAGACAGGGAGGGGAGGAACGAGCACUGCGAAUGAAUGUAACGCAAUGUGCCAUUUUUCUAACCUCAAAUUGCAGCAGAAGCAACUACAACCAAACCUCAGAUUCAUCCCAAGAGGUUUUUGCUAGCAGUUCGAUAACUUAAAGGGGGAUUUGUUCUUUGAAUGCCAUGUGAAACAGGGGGCACUAUGUGAGCUGGUCUGGCAUUUGUAAUGUAGAUUAUUUGUCACUUGUCUUUCUUUCUGGUUAAAUAGUAAUUACUCUUCUGGAGCACAAUAAAUGAUUUUAAUAUGCUGAUA